ACUGCCGCCUCGACUGCGACCUCGACUGGCACUCUGCCUAUUCACUUGUUGAGCACUCCACAGUCACAGCUGCACUCUGUUUUUCCCUCCACCAAACAUGUCUGAGAAGGCAGUCGACGAGAAGCCCCCCAAGCUGGGUUCAGGCUCCGGCCACGAAUCGCCCACCACUGCCCGCGAGCUCGACUUUGACGACGACGACGAGACGCCCGCAGCUACUGGCGAGCAGACCGCAGCCCCGCCCCCGCCGUCCAAAUCACCUAAGCCAGGCGUUCGCUUCUCCGACGAUGCCACUGAGAUCCCCCCUGCGAAGCCACCGCGCCCAGUGAGCCCGCGGCAGACUGCUACAACCACGCUGAUCGAAGCAUUCCCUGACACAGACCCCACGACUGUGAGAGGAAUCCUCAUGGCCAGUGAUUGGAACGUCGAUAAGGCCUUCGAUGUGUUACUCAAAUUGUCGGAUCCCAAUUACAAGGACGAGGAAGCCCCUCCGCCUAAACCUCCGCGCCCGACAAAAAAGCCGAUGACUCAACUCGAGGCAGACGAACAGUACGCCCGUCGACUGGCUGAGCAGUACAAUAGCGAAGGACACGGUUCGCGUUCCAGGGGCGAGCCUCGACAGCCCCGCCAGCAACAACGCCCGGAUUCACGUGAAGAGGAAGAUCAGGGUCUGUUCAAUAAAGAGGACCUUGACGAGAUCAAGCAAACCCUCGAACAGGGGUUCAAGGGCGCGCAGAGCACGUUCAACAAUUGGAUUCAGAACGUUAAGAAGAAGUUGGAUGGCCCAGAGGGCUUUGACCAGUAUGGCAACGAGACAUACCGUCGGGAUCAACGCCAGAACUUUGGACCGUCGCAGUCAGAUCAACUCCGCGGUGUUCGUAGGUCUGCUGAGGCGCGCCGGUCUGCCGACCACAAUCGAUACGACAACGACAAUCGUAUGCUAGAUGACGACUUCGAAGCUCUCGAGCUUAGGGAUGACGAGUCUCAUCCCAAUCAGCGAUCAAAUCGCCCGCUUGCGAACCCCGACCUGUUCAAGCCUACACCCGUCUCCCCACCGCAAACUGGUCCUGUCGAUGAAGUCGAUGCCCUAUACCGCAAUCCUUCACCCAACGGCCAACAGACCGGUGUCACGGGGAAUAAGUCAGGAGGCAAGAAGUGGCAGCCUUUGACCUCGGUAGCGCCGCACCCAGAAUCGGACGAGCACGACCCGUUCAGCCUUGGCGACAGCGACGACGAAGAGGCGAAGACGAAGGACAUCAAGGCCGAAGAUACGGAGCGAUUAAAGAAGGCAGCCGAGGCCAAGAAGGGGGAUGAACCGGCACCGGCUGGGCUAACACCUGCUGGACGGAGUGGCAGCGUCGGCCAGAAAGAUGCAGCAGCUGAGGCACUUCUGAAGGAUGCCAAGUAGGAGUUGGGUGUUUUUGGCUUCUUGCAGAGAGAUCUUGUGGCUGGUAUGGCACUAGCCGCUGUAAACAACCACGCAUGAAAUAGAAGGCAUCUUGUUAGCUUCCAUGAUGUGAUUUAUAUACGUUGAAAUACCUUCGACACACC